UCUCAAUGUGGUUUUGAUUUGCAUUUCUCUAAUAAUCAGUGAUGAUCAGCAUUUUUUCAUAUGUUUGUUGGCCACAGCAAAGAAUACCUCCUGUGAGGCUUCUGCCAAGGACCCCCUUGGACUCCAGAGCCCCUAGGCCCCUGUGUCUUGUCAGCACUCUGCUAUUUCAGGGCUAAGGAGCUCAGUCUUUCUCAGAUGUGGCUUGGGAAACACAGCCUUCUAAUCCAGGAGAGUAAGAAGAUUUAGGACUGACGUGGGUGCAGUUAGAGAAACCCCAUCUCCUUGGGUAUAUGGGGGACACCCCAACUAUGCAAUCUCCCCCUUCAAAUCCUCCUUGGGGGCCUGAUCUGACUGACGUCAGGGGGUGCCUACUGCUUUGAGGCAGGAAGCCUGAACUUUCCUCCCUGUCACUGUGAAUGCUCGGCCAGGGCUGUGGAUGUCCUCAUUGCUUUUCAGGAAGAAGACAUGCCAGACUAGAGCUGCACCUUCUUUAUUGACUCUGUAGGUCUGGAACAAAUCAGAUCAGCCUGGGGUCCCUCAGCCAACUCUGAAGACUGGAUGGAGAUCUCUCCCUCAUGUUAGAGAUUUCUGCCUUGUUGUAUCUCAAUGUAAAUUAAAAAACCAGAAAAGAAGGAGAAUUGUGCUUAAACUAUGGGAAGCGGCACCUCCACCCAACAUCAUUUUGCUUUCCAGAAUGCAGAGAGAGCCUUCAAGGCAGCAGCCCUGAUCCAGAGAUGGUACCGGCGCUAUAUGGCCCGCCUGGAGAUGAGGCGGCGUUGCACCUGGAGCAUCUUCCAGUCUAUAGAAUACGCUGGGCAGCAAGACCAAGUCAAGCUCCAUGGUUUCUUCAGCUAUCUCAUGGAUCACUUCACCCCCAGCAGCCACAACGAGAGGGACUUCCUCACCCGAAUAUUCACUGAGGAGAGAUUCGCCCAGGACUCCAAGAUGGAGAAAUGCAGUGACUAUGAGUCCAUAGAAGUACCCGACAGUUACAGAGGACCACACCUCUCCUUCCCGCUCCUGCCUGACCAUGCUACUGCCCUGGUAGAAGCAUUCAGACUGAAACAACAGCUCCACGCUCGCUACGUCUUGAACCUUUUGUAUGAAACCAAGAAACAUCUGGUACAGCUGCCAAACAUCAACCGGGUUUCAACCUGUUACAGUGAGGAGAUCACAGUGUGUGGAGAUUUACAUGGCCAAUUGGAUGACUUAAUAUUUAUAUUUUAUAAGAACGGCCUCCCAUCGCCAGAACGGUCAUACGUGUUCAACGGUGACUUUGUGGAUCGAGGCAAGGAUUCAGUAGAGAUCCUGAUGAUUCUUUUUGCCUUCAUGCUGGUUUACCCCAAAGAGUUCCAUCUUAACAGAGGAAACCAUGAGGACCAUAUGGUGAACUUACGAUACGGCUUCACCAAGGAAGUGAUGAAUAAAUACAAGAUACAUGGCAAGGAAAUACUAAGAACCCUGAAAGACGUUUUCUGUUGGCUUCCGCUGGCCACUCUGAUAGACGAGAAAGUUCUAAUUCUUCAUGGUGGGGUGUCAGACAUAACUGAUCUGGAGAUUUUGGACAAAAUAGAGAGGUGCAAGAUAGUUUCCAUCAUGAGGUACAAAACGAGACAGAAGAGUGAGAAGCAGAUGGAGGAGCAGAGAAAAGCCAACCAGAAGAGCUCCGCACAGGGACCCAUCCCAUGGUUUCUCCCCCAAAGCCGCUCUCUUCCCUCUUCCCCCCUUCGUCUGGGCCCCUACAAGGCUCACAAAAGCAGCAGGUCCUCCAGCAUCCCCUGUGGCGGAUCCCUGGAUGGGCAGGAGCUCUCCCAGCAGGUGCGGAGCUCCGUGGAACUGGAGCUGGAGCGGUGCCGGCAGCAAGCAGGCCUCCUGGUGACCGAGGAGAAAGAGGAGCCCUCGGGCUCGGCCUCAGAAACAGACUCUGACACCGGAGAGCUGCGGAAGCCCACUCAGGAGGAGUGGAGGCAGGUUGUAGACAUCCUGUGGAGUGAUCCCAUGGCUCAAGAGGGCUGCAAGGCCAACACCAUUCGAGGAGGAGGCUGUUAUUUUGGGCCUGAUGUGACAGAACAGUUGCUACAAAAAUACAAUCUGCAAUUCCUGAUCCGUUCACACGAAUGCAAACCCGAAGGCUAUGAAUUCUGUCACAACCGCAAGGUAUUAACCAUCUUUUCUGCCUCCAACUACUAUGAAGUUGGCAGCAACAGAGGGGCCUAUGUCAAACUGGGGCCAGCCCUGACCCCACAUAUCGUGCAGUAUCAAGCGAACAAGGUGACCCACACACUCACCAUGAGGCAAAGGAUUAGCAGAGUGGAGGAGUCGGCUCUGAGAGCUCUGCGGGAGAAGCUGUUUGCUCAUUCUUCAGAUCUUCUCAUCGAAUUUAAGAAGCAUGAUGUAGAUAAAGUCGGUUUAAUCACCCUGAGUGACUGGGCUGCAGUGGUGGAGUCUGUGUUGCAUCUAGGACUGCCAUGGCGGAUGCUGAGGCCACAGCUGGUGAACAGCUCAGCAGAUAACAUGCUGGAGUACAAGUCUUGGCUGAAGAACUUGGCCAAGGAACAACUGAGCCAUGAGAACAUACAAUCAAGUUUGCUGGAAACACUGUAUCGAAACCGAUCCAACCUGGAGACCAUUUUUAGGAUCAUAGACAGUGAUCAUUCAGGGUUCAUCUCACUGGACGAGUUCAGACAGACCUGGAAGCUGUUCAGCUCUCAUAUGAAUAUCGACGUUGCAGAUGAUUGCAUCUGUGACCUUGCGCGGAGCAUUGAUUUCAACAAAGACGGCCACAUCGAUAUCAAUGAGUUCCUGGAGGCCUUCCGCCUUGUGGAGAAAUCCUGCCCAGAGGGUGAUGCCUCAGAAUGCCCACAAGCUACAAAUGCUGAAGACAGUGGCUGCAGCAGUCCAGAUGCACGCUAAGAACAGCCUGGUCUUCAUCACCCACAGUGCCUCGUAGGCAAUGCCCAGCUUCUCACUGGAGUAUCUCCCUUAUUCUCCAAGUGGAAGUUUAAGCUGAAAAUUUGCCUACCUAUAUGCAUCAGAAUCACCUGUGUGUUUCAGUGUGGAAGGGGGGGUUGGGGUGUUGUGUAUGUAUGUGUUUUAAGUAUAUGGGUGCCCCAACCCCAUCUCACAAUCUUCACAAGGCUGAACUUAAGUAUAGUGUUUUUAAAUUCUAAAGUCCACUCCACUUAAGAACCACUGAUAAUUCAACUCCCUCUUUGUUUUUAUUUUAUACUUUUAAUUUAUUAUCUUGAAAAUAUCAGAUUGGUAAAGGAAAGUUAUAAAAAAAUUGUAUUGUAAUCCCAUGACUCAAACAUAUGGAUUUUUUUUUUUUAGAGGGAAAAAGAGAAAAAGAAGGGGAAAAAAAGAAAAAGAGAGAAAAAGGAAUAUUACUUCAUUCCUAAAAUGGGUUUCAAUAAUGGCCGAUCAAUAUUUUGAGUGUUUAAAGUGGUUAAUGCAUAUUUUAUGUGUUUAAAAUGGAGACCUCUAUUGUGUUUAUUUGUUCUGGCUCUGAGUUCAAGUCCUGGGUAUCGUUAUCAAUUUGUUGUCUCGUUGAAUCUAAAUCUCAUUAUGUGUCUUAUGUAUCUGGGUGUUAAGAUCUCUUAUUGUUACAUUAAUCCUUUUACCCUUGCAUCCUUGUAGCUUUGAAAUCUAUUUUAUUAAGUGUGAGAAUUGCAACUCCUGCUUUUUAUUUAUUUUUGCUCUCCAUUUGGUUGGUGAGUUUUUUUCCAUCCCCUUGUUUUGAGUCUUUGUAUAUCUUUAGAUAUAUCGUUAGAUUUUGUGGAUAAUGUGUAUUUUGUGUGUUUAAAAUGGAGAGCUCUAUUGAGUUUAUUUGUUCUGGAUCUUAGUUCCAGUCCCGGAUAUCGUUAUCAAUUUUCUGUCUCGUUGAAUCUAAAUCUCAUUAUGGGUCUUAUGUAUCUGGGUGUUAAGAUCUCUUAUUAUUACAUUAAUCCUUUUACCCUUGUAUCCUUGUAGCUUUGAAAUCUAUUUUGUCAAAUGUGAAAAUUGCAACUCCUGCUUUUUAUUUAUUUUUGCUCUCCAUUUGGUUGGUACGUUUUUUUUUUUUCCAACCCUUUAUUUUGAGUCUGUGUAUAUCUUUGGAUAUACCGUUAGAUUUUGUCUGUAUCUUUUGAUUGGGAGAUUUGGUCGAUUUAAAUUUAGGGUUGCUGCCAUUUGAUAUUAACUGGCUAUUUUGUCCUUUCGUUGAUAAAAAUUCUUCUUUAUGUUAAUGCUCUUUACUUUUUGGUGUAUUUUUAGAAAGGGUCAUACUGGUUGUUCCUUUCUGUGUAUAAUGCUUCUUUUAGAAGUUCUUGUAAAGUAGGCCUGGUGGUAAUAAAAUCUCUGAGUACUUGCUUGUUCCUAAAAGAUUUUAUUUUUCCUUCAAAUGUAAAGCUUAAAUUGGCAGGAUAUGAAAUUCUGGGCUGAAAGUUCUGUUGAUUAAGUAUAUUGAAUAUUGGCCCCCACUCUCUUCUAGCUUGUAGGGUUUCCGUUGAGAGAUCUGCUGUAAGCCUAAUAGGCUUACCUUUAUGGGUAACUUGAUCUUUCUCUCUGGCUGCCCUAAAUAUUUUCUCCUUCGUUUCGAUCUUGGUGAAUCUAACGAUUAUGUGCCUUGGGGUUGGUCUUCUUGUGGAAUAUCUUUGUGGUGUUCUCUGUAUUGCCUGGGGUUGAAUAGUGUCCUGCUUUGCUAAAUUAGGAAAAUUUUCCUGGAUAAUGUCCUGGAGAGUAUUUUCCAGCUUGAAUUCAUUCUCUCUGUCACAUUCAGGUACACCAAUCAAGCGUAUAUUAGGUCUUUUCACAUAGUCCCAUAUUGCUUGGAGACUUUGCUCAUUCCUUUUUAUCCUUUUUUCUCUAUUCUUGUCUUGUCGUUUUGUUUCAUUAAGUUGAUCUUCGACCUCUGAUACCCUUUCUUCUGCUUGAUCCAUUUGGCUGUUUAAGCUUGUACAUGUUUCACUAAGUUCUCGUGUUGUAUUUUUCAACUCCAUAAGUUCAUUUGUAUUCCUCUCUAUAUUGUCUAUUCUUUUCAACAUUUCAUCUAACCUUUUUUCCAAGUUCUUAGUUUCUUUACAUUGGGUUAGAACAAGUUCCUUUAACUCCCAGAAGUUUCUUAUCAUCCACCUUUUAAAGCCUACUUCAGAUAAUGGAACACAGUCCUUUUCCAUCAGGGCUUGUUCUGUUACUGAUGAGUCCUUUUCCAUCAGGGCUUGUUCGGUUGCUGAUGAGUCCUUUUCCAUCAGGGCUUGUUCCGUUGCUGAUGGGUUCUGAUUUUGAGUAUACUCGGCCUCCUUAGGCUGUUUUUUUUUUUUUUUUUUUCUUCAUUGUAGAUGAACCGCCUUUCUAAUUAGGUUUCUGAGUCAACGUCUGACUUAUUGAUUCCCAGUGCUGGGAUCCGAGCAACCCACUGUGGCAGCCUAAAUAGCAGCGAUAAGACUGAUGGUGCUCUUCUGCCCGGGAAUCUCUGGUCUGGCUUCCCUCUUGAGUCCGCAACAAGCGGCUCUGACUUCCCGGAGCUCCAAAUUCCGAUCAGUAGGGGAAGCAGUCCCGUUGGCUCUGCAUGAAGAGCUGCUGCGCCGAGACUCCGGCAAAACCGCUGCAGCGGCCACAAGAGUAGUGCUGGCGACCUGUGGGGCUCCUCCACUGGGAAUCGGCUAAUCGGUGAGUGACGAAAAUUCAUCUGAAGAUGUGGCCUCGUCUCGUUCUCUGAGCUUUCACUGGCAGCUACAAUCCUGAGCUGUUAGUGGUCGGCCAUCUUGGAUCGAUCUCAUGGAUUUUUUUCAUUAUUUAGUUUUUCUUACUUGUUACUGUAGUGUUGAUAUAAUUUGAUGUUCUGGUUUUAAAAAAUAAAUUCACAUCUAAUUGUAAACCCUU